CGCUUUGACUGGCUGUAAGACGCAAGAUGUUAGACUUGACCACCAUUUUCUCUCUGACCGCAAUCUUUCUCCUCACUUAUCUGUGGCUGAGACGACCUAAACUCAACCUUCCACCAUGUCCCACCCGCCCCUUACCUUUCCUCGGAAAUUUACUCGCACUGGAGGAGAACCCAAGGUCACAGUUCAGAAAAUGGCAGAAGGAGGUGGGAGAGAUUUUCACCCUCUACAUGGGAAGUAAGCUUGUAGUUGUUGUGAGUGGUUAUGAUCUGAUUAAGGAACUAUUCCUAAAGAGGGCACAUUUGUUCUCAGAUCGUCCUCAAGUUGCAUUUGAUAUGGUUAAUAAAUUUCCUCAAAGUGGAUUAGCGUUCUCAAAUGGCCACAAGUGGAAGGAGCAGAGAACCCUCUCCUUAAAAAUUCUGAGAGAUUUCGGCAUGGGUAAAAAUGUAAUGGCUGAAAAAAUUCAGGAAGAAGUUGCUCAUUUCCUUGACCUGUUGGCUAAGCUUGAAGGUCAACCGUCAGACAUACGAGUAGCCACCAACAUCAGCACCUGUAACGUCAUCAGCUCUAUCGUGUUGGGUCACAGGUUCGAAUACCAUGACCAGCGGCUCCAGGAUCUGAUUGUCCGUAUCACUGCUCUGCUCUCAGACACACAAUUUAACGGAAUCGUUAAUUUUAUUCCUUAUGUUCGGUUUAUUCCCGGUGAUUUCUUCCACAUUAAAAAAAUCAAGAAAACGACGGAUGAUAUUUUGGAUUUUUUAAAUACUUUCGUUCAAAAGAAAGGAGUCGAUGAAUACGAUGAGAACCAUUCAGACAAUUUAAUAACAGCGUACAUUUCAGAACUUAACUCAAAACAAAGUACUAGCCAGCAGACAACGUUAAGUAAAAACGAACUUUUAAAAUCUCUGUUUGAUUUGUUUAUUGGUGGGACGGAGACGACAAGCACUACCAUCACGUGGUGUCUCUUAUAUGUCGUGAACAAUCCGGAUGUCCAGAAGAAAAUUUAUGAUGAGCUGAAGGAACAGGUAGGGACCAACAGAACACCUUGUAUACAAGAUAAGCCAAAGCUGAUAUAUCUGAAUGCAGUCAUUAAGGAAACACAAAGAGUCGCUAGCAUUAUACCACACUCUGUAACCCACACGUGCACAGAAGACGCCGAAGUCAGAGGCUACACCAUCCCUAAAGGAACCUACAUCUCACCCAACCUGGACUCUGUCUUACACGAUCCUAAAAUAUGGGGCGAUGACGUCAUGGAGUUUAAACCUGAAAGAUUUAUAGACCAAGACGGGAAGUUAAAAACUCCUGAAGAGUUCAUCCCCUUCUCGAUAGGUCGUCGUGUCUGUUUGGGCGAGUCCCUGGCUGUCAUGGAGUUGUUCCUGUACCUCUCAUCAAUCUUCCACAGAUUUGAGAUUCUGCCAGCAACUCCAGGCUCUCCCCCUCCUAUAGAUUACAAAUUCGGUAUUGUUGCAUCGCCAGCCCCUUACCAACUUAGAUUCUUACUAAGGGGUGUGAACGGCUUUGCUUUGAAAAUCUAA